GGAGCCGUAGCCACAGUCUUCUCGGGCGUCCGCAGCCGGGAAGCUCUGCGGCCUGGAUCGCCCGCCUGGACCGCGAUGUCGGACAAGGAAGCCGGGGGGAGCGGGGGCGCGGCGGAGGCGGGCGCGGUGACAGUCAGCGACGUCCAGGAGCUGAUCCGGCGCAAGGAGGAGAUCGAGGCGCAGAUCAAGGCCAAUUACGACGUGCUGGAGAGCCAAAAAGGUGUUGGGAUGAGCGAGCCGCUGGUGGACUGCGAGGGCUACCCCCGCUCAGACGUGGACCUGUACCAAGUCCGCACCGCCCGGCACAACAUUGUCUGCUUGCAGAACGAUCACAAGGCCGUGAUGAAACAGGUGGAGGAGGCCCUGCACCAGCUGCACGCUCGUGACAAGGAGAAGCAGGCCCGGGACCUGGCUGAGGCCCACAAAGAGGCCAUGAGCCGCAACCUGGGCCAGAGCGAGGGCCUCAGCACCCCACAGCCCUUCGCCAAAGUCAACAGCAUCAGCCCUGGCUCCCCUGCCAGUGAGGCAGGCCUGCAGGUGGACGAUGAGAUUGUGGAGUUUGGCUCUGUGAACACCCAGAACUUCCAGUCGCUCCAGAACAUUGGGAGUGUGGUGCAGCACAGCGAGGGGAAACCCCUGAACGUGACAGUGAUCCGCAGAGGGGAAAGUCAUCAGCUUAGACUCGUCCCAACACGCUGGGCCGGAAAAGGACUGCUGGGCUGCAACAUCAUCCCUUUGCAAAGAUGACUGGCCCUGGGCACAGGAACAGGGAGCAUCUUCCUUUGCCCCUGACUUGGGUUGAUCAGGGAUUCCCUCCCUUCCUUCUCUCCCCGAAGUUUAAGGAUCUGGAAGAGGCUGGAAGCCUGAACUUCUGGGUGGUGGGAACCCCGUGGCCUCCCACUGUAACCUCCCAGGACUAAGGCAUCGUUAAAAACUUCACUUGUGUUUAGCAUCUUUUGCAAGUUAGGCCAUGGACCCAGAUGGGAAGCCUCUGGAUUGUGGGCGCGUGGGCUCAGUUUAAAAGGCAGGUGCUGAUGGGACUUUAUUCUUUUAGGACUUUUCCCCCCCAAAUAAACAGUUUUGAAGUGCUGAUGUGACCAUGUUAUCACGCCACCUGAAUUACUUAUGAACCUCUCAAACCGAAGCUCAGCAGUUAGAACAUCCUCACAGAAAGCUGGGCAAAGUAAGCCUGCGGUUGUGCUGGAGUCAAGAUUUGACCAGGUCGCCUCAGGGAUGCCAUCCUCGAGGGGAGAUGCCGCACCCCACUGCUGUGCCCGCCCCAGCACCCAUCCAGAAGAGGCUGAGCAGCGGGGGGCCUCCGCCCGGAGCUCCUCUGCCACAACUGCUCCCCUUAGAGAGUAAAGAAGUUGGAGCUCCGGGUGGCUCCCCAGGCGCGGCACCCCCUCCGUCACCCACCAGAGGGCAGCGCGCUCCCUUCACUUCCAAAUAAAACUCCGCAGAUCAACGUCCAGUGCUACUUGACCAUCCAGCCUUGUGACACGUCUCCAGGACCGUGCGGACGGGCUUGACGCUGCCUAAGGGAGCGUGGUGUGGUGUGUGUGGAUCCGACGCCUUGACGUGCUGAUCCUCCUUAUGUUUUCUCUAACGUGGCAAAAUGGGCUUCAGUAACUCCUUGUGACCCUGUGUCUUGCUCUGCCUCCCUUCACCAUGUCACGCAUCUGUGCCACUUCUGCCAAGCCUGCCUGUGCUUUCGGGGACCAGUGAUGGCAGUGCGUCUGGGGGUGUGCCUCCAGCCCAGGUUCUAAUGCCCCCCUGGCAAGCCUUCCUGUGGAGCGCAUUUCCCCAAACUGUGCCCUCGCCAGCACGCACACGCCGCAAUCCCUUCAGUGGCUGCAGACGGGUUGAGCUUCCCAGUGGUUGCUGUUUAAAUGGUGUGUUCUCGUUGCGGUGUCCUCUGGUCUGUUUUUUUUAUAAGCCUUAGACGAUAAUAAACGCAGCGUGUACCGUUUGCUUUAUUCCUCCCUUCCCCUCUUCUUUCUGAGAUGUGUACAUAUUCAUCAGCCAGCACAGGGCAUUUGGGGGGCAGGUAGGGGGAAUCAAUCACAUUCUCCU